AUGCCAGACCACAUGUUGGGAAGCUCGCCCUCCAAGUCCCAGGGACGCCCCAACGGGCUUCAACGAAGCGUUAGUGAGAACCGUGGCCGUCGUAAGGCGCUGCCGACGCUGGCUCCCGCCAUCCAGCCCAGACCCGUGGUCAACAACGGCCCGGCCGUAGGACCUAGUCGGCCUCUUAGUCGACCUUCAGGCAGACUAUCACCUCUGAAGCAGCAGCACUCGCGGCUAUCAAGCCUGACCUCAAUCCCUGAAUCGAGCCCCCGUACCCGGACGUCCGUCAAGUUCACAAUUGACUCGAAAGGCAGAGCCCGAGCUGAGACCACCGUCGUCGUUGAUGAUGCCGGAUCCAAUGGCGCACAGAGGAAGCCCGUCACCAGGGAAAUGCCACGCAGAGAAAAGAGCUGGGAUUCCGAGGACGAUGAUUCUUCUACAGAUGACGAGCCCAUCAUCAUUCCCAGCCGGACCACGUCCUUUGCUCUCCCUGAUCCUCGCAAGCCUACUUCGUCUUCCAUGUUCCAUUCAUCUCGCAGAAGCGUGAGCGAACACAGCUCAAGCAGUCAUGGUGCUUCAACUUCACAACACGACGCCGAGAGCGAAGCAGAGACAGUGAUGAAUGAUAACCACGGGAAAGGCGGCGAUGCCGCAAGCGAACUGCGCAAGCUGAUUGAGAGCCGCCAGAAGCGAGGUCCCCAGACCCUCGGCAGCCAGCGGUCUAACCGUUUUGCCUCUGGCAGCUUUGUUGGGAACUUCCAAGGAGGUCUAAUGUCGCCCGGCGCACUCACCGAGGCCAGCCUGCCUUCUCCCACAAAGGCCACCUACAGUGUGCGCUGCGUUUGCAGGAACAACGCUGACAGGCCAGGAGAGUACAUGGUCCAAUGCGAAUCCUGCGAGAUGUGGCUUCACGGGCCCUGCAUCAACAUUUCGCGGCGAACCCUUCCGAGUGUAUAUAUCUGUGCCUUCUGCUCCAACACCCCCAACAUGCGCGGUGGACGGCAUCGCGGAAACGGCCCAGUGCUGGGCCCGUCAGGGGCGAGCCCGCUAAAGCACAAAUCCUUCCGGUAG